CCCCGCCCCACCUCGCCCCCCAACUCCGGCCGGACCAAGCCAUGGGGCCGGGCCCGCGGUGAGAUCAUGGAUCUGCCCGGCGGUGGUGGUCUCUGCCGCCGCUGCUGCUACUUUUGGGGGCUCCUCCUGACCCUGCUGACCCCGGCCGUGGGCUGCACGCAAGUCUGCACAGGAACUGACAUGAAGCUGCAGGCUCCGGCCAGCCCGGAGACUCACGUGGAGAUGCUCCGACAACUGUACCAGCACUGCCACGUGGUACAGGGCAACCUGGAGAUCACGUACCUCCCUGCCCACACUGAUCUCUCCUUCCUUCAGACCAUCGAGGAGGUGCAUGGCUACGUGCUGAUCGCCCACAGCCUGGUGAGCUUUGUGCCGCUGCAGCGGCUUCGGGUGGUGCGGGGCACACAACUGUACGAGGAACGCUACGCUCUGGCCGUGCUGGAGAACGGCCCCCGCGGCCUCCCUGGGGCCCCCGACCACGCCGGCCUCCGCGAACUGCAGCUCCGCAGCCUCACGGAGAUCCUGAAAGGAGGGGUCCUGAUCCAGGGGAACCCCCAGCUGUGCCACCAGGACACGGUGCUGUGGGAAGACGUGAUCCACCGGCACAAUGAGCCAGCCGUCUUCGACAUUGAUAAUAACCGCAGCCGCAUCUGCGGUCCCUGCUCCUCAUCCUGUAAGUUCCGGAAGUGCUGGGGAGAAGGUGCCCAGGAUUGCCAGAGUUUGACCAGUACCAUCUGCACCAGUGGCUGUGCCCGCUGCAAGGGACCCCUGCCAACCGACUGCUGUCAUGAGCAGUGUGCGGCAGGCUGCACCGGUCCCAAACACUCCGACUGCUUGGCUUGCCUCAACUUCAACCACAGCGGCACCUGCGAGCUGCACUGCCCGCCUCUGGUCAUCUACAACUCGGACAUGUUUGAGUCGAUCCCCAAUCCCGGCGGCCGCUACACCUUCGGGGCCAGCUGUGUCACCGCAUGCCCCUACAACUACCUGGCUACAGAAGUGGGCUCCUGCACCCUAGUGUGUCCCCUGGACAACCACGAAGUCACCACCGAGGAUGGGACUCAGCGGUGUGAAAAGUGUAACAAGCCCUGUCCCAAAGUGUGCUACGGAUUGGGGAGGGAAGACCUGCGAGGAGUCCGGGCUGUCACCGCCAAAAACAUUGAGAGCUUCAAGGGGUGCAGGAAGCUCUUCGGGAGCCUGGCCUUCCUGACUGAGAGCUUCGCUGGGGACCCCCUGACCAACACCCCCCCGCUGAAGCCCGACCAGCUCAAGGUCUUCGAGGACCUGGAGGAGAUCACAGGUUACCUGUUCAUCUCAGCCUGGCCGGAGAGCUUAUCAGACCUCAGCGUCUUCCAGAACCUGCGGCUCAUCCGGGGGAGAGUGCUGUAUAAUGGUGCCUACUCCCUGACUCUGCAGCACCUGGGCAUCCGAUGGCUAGGGCUGCGCUCGCUCCGUGAGGUGAGCAGUGGGCUGGCGCUGAUCCAUCACAACGCCCGCCUCUGCUUCAUCGAUACCGUGCCCUGGGACCUUCUCUUCCGCAAUCCCCAUCAGGCCCUGCUGUCCAGCGCCAAUCGGCCCAAGAACGAGUGUGUGAGCGAAGCGCAGUCUUGCAACCAGCUGUGUGCCCAGGGCAAGUGCUGGGGCCCUGGCCCUUCCCAGUGUGUCAGCUGCAGCCAGUUCCUCAGGGGUCAGGAGUGUGUGGAGGAAUGCCGUGUCCACCAUGGCUCCCCUCGAGAGUAUGUGAGGGAGAGGCGCUGCCUGCAGUGCCACCACGAAUGCCAGCCACAGAACGGCACAGAGACCUGCUUCGGAUCGGACGCGGAUGAGUGCGUGGCUUGUGCCCACUAUAAGGAUCCGCCUUUCUGCGUGGAGACCUGCCCCAGCGGCCUGAAACCCGAAUUCUCCUUGGUGCCCGUCUGGAAGUUCCCAGACGAGGACGGCGUCUGCCAGAUCUGCCCCACCAACUGCACCCACUCCUGCGCCGUGCUGGAUGCCCACGGAUGCCCGGCGGAGCAGAAGCCCAGCCCAGUGCCGUCCAUCAUCGCGGGGGCGGUGGGCGUGCUGCUCGCGGUGGUCCUCAUUCUGGCCACGGGCAUUUGGAUCAAGCGGCGGAGGCAGCAGGAGCGGAAACACACCAUGCGGCGGCUGCUGCAGGAGACCGAGCUAGUGGAGCCACUGACGCCCAGCGGGGCGCUGCCCAACCAGGCCCAGAUGCGCAUUCUGAAAGAGACGGAGCUCAAGAAAGUGAAGGUCCUGGGCUCAGGUGCCUUUGGGACGGUCUACAAGGGCAUCUGGAUCCCAGACGGGGAAAAUGUGAAGAUCCCGGUGGCUAUUAAGGUGUUACGGGAAAACACAUCUCCCAAGGCCAACAAGGAGAUCCUGGACGAAGCGUACGUGAUGGCCGGGGUGGGCAGCCCCUAUGUCUCCCGACUCCUGGGCAUCUGCCUGACGUCCACGGUGCAGCUGGUGACCCAGCUCAUGCCCUACGGUUGCCUCCUGGACUACGUGAGAGAGAACAAGGAGCGCCUGGGUUCCCAGGACCUGCUCAACUGGUGUGUGCAGAUCGCCAAGGGGAUGAGCUACCUGGAGGAGGUGCGACUAGUCCACCGGGAUCUGGCCGCCCGCAAUGUCCUGGUCAAGAGCCCCAACCACGUCAAGAUCACUGACUUUGGCUUGGCCCGGUUGCUGGACAUCGAUGAGACGGAGUACCACGCGGAUGGGGGCAAGGUUCCCAUCAAGUGGAUGGCCCUGGAGUCCAUUCUCCGCCGGCGCUUCACCCAUCAGAGCGACGUCUGGAGCUACGGCGUGACGGUAUGGGAGCUGAUGACGUUUGGGGCGAAGCCGUACGACGGGAUCCCGGCCCGAGAGAUCCCCGACCUGCUGGAGAAGGGAGAGCGCCUGCCCCAGCCCCCCAUCUGCACCAUCGACGUCUACAUGAUCAUGGUCAAGUGCUGGAUGAUCGACUCAGAGUGCCGCCCACGAUUCCGGGAACUGGUGGCCGAGUUCUCCCGCAUGGCUCGUGAUCCCCAGCGUUUCGUCGUCAUCCAGAACGAGGAGCUGUCAGGGCCCAGCGCCCCCAUGGACAGCACCUUCUACGGCUCGUUGCUGGACGAAGACGAGAUGCAGGACCUGGUGGACGCGGAGGAGUACCUGGUCCCCCACCAGGGCUUCUUCAGUCCCGGGCCCCCGGCCCCCACCUCUGGCCGCCGUCGCCCCUCGUCCAUCACGAGCGGUGGGGAGCUGACGGUGGAGGGAGAGGGGCCGGAGGAGCCCCCCCGCGGGUCCCCGUCGGACUGGUCGCAGGGCGCCGGCUCCGAGGGUCUUCGACGUGGAGGCCGUGACGGGGGGGCCAAGGGGCAGCAGGGUCCCCCCACCCGGGAAAACAGCCUCCUGCAGCGCUACAGCGAGGAUCCCACCAGCCUCCCUGCCCCCGAGGCCGACGGCUACAGUGCCCCUCACGCCGGGGGACCCCCUGCCAGGUGCGAGUACGUGAACCAGCUGGACCCCCGGCCCCCACCCCCCUCGCCCCUGGAAUGCCCCCCGGCGUCCCGGGCCCGCUGACGGCCGGCGACCUCCACCCUGGAGCGGCCCAAGGGCCCGGCCCCCGGGAGGAACGGGCUGGUCAAGACGCGUUUCGGCGGAGGCCCCUUCGCGGUGGGCCGUGGGAGAAACCCCGAGUACCUGGGCCCCCCGGCCCGCUCCCCCUCCCGGGCCUUCGACAACCUCUACUACUGGGACCAGGGGCCCCCCGAGCCCGGGGCACCCCCAAAUGGCUUUGCGGCGACGCCAACGGCCGAGAACCCCGAGUACCUAGGCCUGGCCGAGUCUGUGAGCCACCCCAAGGACCUGGCAGUAUGACAGCGGCACCCCUGGGGCGGGGAGAGGAGGGGCCGGAAAGCGGGCCAUCA